AUGGCGGCUUUCAAGAACGUCAUAUUAAAUCGCAGCAAGUUGACCAGGUACUACGAGGCGCUGCCAUCUUCCACGCAAGAAGUUCAAGAGUCGACUGAACGUCAUAAGAUCUUCAACGAGACCUUGGCUGAAGCAUGUGCGUUGCUCAUGCCAAAAGUCAGGCAGAAGAAGAAGGCCACAAAGGGCGCGCUGAGCGCGUCAUCCGACGCAUUCCCUCCCGCUUCUACGAACAGCUUCGAGGCGCUGAUUGGACUGAUAGAAGCCGAGAAAGAUCAUGACGGAUCCGCAUCUCAAUACUGGCAAGACAGCCUGCCAAGAACUAGUCCCAAACGAUCCGCGAUUGUAGAAGACCCCAUCGAGGAUGCGAUUGCUAUCCAAACCCACCUCACAGAAUACCAGGCCAUUGUGGACACUACGAAUGCCAUUUGGAGGUCGUUUGCUCGCGGCGACACAUCUCUCGCAGCCGCCGGAUGGUUGACGAACAUGGCUCAGCACUUCAUGAGACGGUUGAAAUGUCACGCGAGCAAGGACGUCACUAUUCAGCAGGGCGUGUUUAGUGAGAUUGGGGACUGUGGUAGUCUACGGCUAGACAUCACUGCGGACGAAUUGACAUCGACAAAAUUUAGCGAAUCUGUAACGUCUUCAUCCUUUGUCGAGCUAACUCAUGGCACUGGUCUAAUCUGGCCCUUCAGACUUCUGAACACUUUUGCAGAAACAAAACAAGUCCCGCGGUCUUUCGAGAACGAGCGGCGUCGUUUCCAAGACUUCUUUCGCAACCCGUCUGAGGAGCGCAGUGUCAAAGAGGAUUUCGUCGGGGCAGUCACCGAGUUCGCAUCGCGCGAUGGAUCUCAGCUCUCCCAAGAGGAUCGCCAAGUAGCAGGCGAAAGGAUUUGCGCCGACCGUUACGACUAUGAGCGCAUGCUGCUCGGAUCUAUAGUCAAGAGUAUUUCUCUACACCCCGCCUAUCAAGCGUACCAACUCGAUCCGGAUUCAAACAAAGCGCAAAAUGCCUCGCCCCGAUGGGCGUAUAUCAGGCAAGGACAUCUACAACACCCCUCAGCGCUUCCUCUUGUCGCUGAAUCUUCGAAGAAGGUGACUUGGUUCUCGGAAUUGGUAGCAACGCACAUGCUACUGGAAAGCGGGCGUAGCUUUCUGCACGAAUGCGAGAGAUUAGGAAAGACGCCGUCGAACUGCCGCAUCAUUGUACUAAGCCGAGCGAACGAAGUGCUUCGCGCGAUAGCAGAGCUGCAGCAACAUCAAAAUCUGACAGGGGACACCAUCGAGCUACUCAAGAUGAACCUGGAGAAGUUCCUUGCUGUCAAGACGUUCGACCUUUAUUCUCAAUCACCUUGGGUCACGGGAAGUUACAUGUCCGCUAUAUCUGACUUUACGCUCUACUGUGGCCUUGCGGUUCUCAACGAGCAGAAAAUGUUCGGCGCUAUAAUGCAUCUUUACAACAUGCUACGGCAAAUCGAUGCUGGAUGCCCCCAGAUACCAGUAUUGGAACAUCUCCAAAGUUUGUUCAAGACAGUGGUUUUCCCGGGAAAGCAAGAACCUCGAGAGAAGUUUCUGAACACCUUUGAGAUCCAUUGUGGUGCGAGGUUCGUGAAGAAGUUAACGAAGGACUUCACAGAGUUGACCACAACCCCAAAGAAAGUACCCCAGCAAGUCGCUGGCGAACGAAACAAGAUCCGAUUUAGUACCAUGGAACUCUCCGCGCAAGACAGCUUUCACAAUGUUUACAUACCCACUCCCGAGCUUUGGGUCAAACUCACGGGCGACCCUAAUGUAAUUCGACGGCUUGAUAGGGACAAACGCAAGACCGAUAUCCAGACUUCGUAUCCGCCAUCGGAACUCAUCCGUCGCGCGCAAGACGUCAUCGAACCGGAAUACGAGGGAGCCUUCCCAAUAGCUCGGCUGAAUUGUUUUGCGGUUUACGGUCUUUGCAGGGCCAUACUGUUCGAGGUCGCCACUCGCUUCGGGGAGUGUGGGCCUACGUUAUUCGACCCGUUAACUCAUGCGUUAGACUCGUGUGGAUAUCUCGAGAUACACAGUGAUAGCAUCGACUCGGCGUUACUUUGCGUUCGUCUAACGAUGUCCGAUGUCGACUUGAAGUUACGUGGUCGCAAUGACCGGAUGGCAGACAAGAGGUUCCGUGAAAUACGCUCGGUGGCCAUGACGCGAGACGCAAUCGUGAAGGUGUGCGAGGGGAGGAAGCUUGAGGACUUCCUGUGGCAGAACUACUGA